CUCUUCUCCCACCAUCCCGUCCACGUCAAUUAACGACAACAUCCGACAAGAUGGCCAAGUCCAAGAACGCGUCCCAGCACCACGCCAGCCAGAAGGCUCACCGUAACGGUAUCAAGAAGCCCAAGACCAACCGUUACCCUUCCCUCAAGGGUGUCGACCCCAAGUUCCGCCGCAACCACCGUCACGCUCUUCACGGCACCGCUAAGGCCCUGAAGGAGCGCAAGGAGGGCAAGCGUGAGCAGGCAUAA